UGUGAUACCCAGCAGGGACUUUACGUUAUCAAGCAUUAUUUCCACAUUUGAUUGAUACUGAGUUCUACUUUGUUGUGGUUCUAUGGAUAAAAGCAAGUCAGCCAAGGAGAGAUAUUGUGUUAGGACAUCACGUACUAAGUAAUAUUCUGUGAGAGCAUUAUGAAAGCGUCUUCUCUCUGUAACCGGAAGUGCUAAAUAACUGGUAAACAAACGUUCAGACACAGUCAAUAUGUGACCGUUUUCAAACACCUCUUAAUAACCAUGUCUGGGUCAACUCAAGUAAGGGAAACCAUAGAACUGCUAUCAACAAUACUGAACGAAAAUGGAGCAUCACUUGUCACCGCAGAAACAUUUCGCUUGGCAAAGUUCAACAAUUACGAAGCGACACCCGCAUUGUGGAAGCUGUUGUUUGAGCUGGUAUACUUCAGCAAUUAUGGAGUAGUUGACGACUCUGCUGUCAAGGCCCAGAGGCAGCUUUCAGACGAGGAGAAGUGUGUUCUUGUCAAGCGAGAACUACAAAGUCGUGGUUACAUGUCACAUGACUUUGCUCACUUGCCAAAUGAUGCCUCAAGGGGAAGUCGCGAACUAUUGCUGGCUAUGGCAUGGCUGGUGUGUAAAGAGACAUUGAUUGAGAGGUUCAUGGACAAGUGUACGUCUCCUUUGGAUGAAAACAUCUCACAGUGGUGUAAGGAGUGGCCUAAUUCUGCUUGUGAUUUGGGCCCUACUGCCAAGGGAGAUUCAGCUGCCCCAGCUGGUGAGAGAGUACAGAGGCUACUAGUGCUGAAUAGUAAACUGCGACUCAACCUUCGGCGAAUGUACGCAGCUCAGCAACAUGAGGCUAAGCUUCUAAACAAGAUUGAAAACACCACCACAGGGAUAUCACUCCGAAAGAACCGUGACAAUUUAUCGGUGUUAGAAGUCCAUUUGCUGAGGCACCCACAUCUGCUGAAACGAAUGCUGGUGCUGCUUGAUAAGGACAAUGAAAGCCUCCAGAACCUGAUGAACUGGCGACAACAUGAAGACAUAUUUUGGAAGUGGAUGGACAGUGUCCUUGACCUGAAGGUGAAGGCUGCAGCAGAAGACCGAGACCAUAGUGAGGCUGGGGUCUGGUGCUAUUUAUCUUCAGACUCACUUGAUGGACCUGUACAGAUGCAGCUGGCUAGACAGCAGCUAGUACAGUCCAUCCUCAGCUAUGAGCACAUACAGAACCUGGAACAGCUGUGGGAUACAAAG